CAGCUUCACAAACAUCAUCCAAUAGUACAUUGCGGCGUAGUUUAUUUAACGCAUUAAGAUGCCCGAGGAAACAGCAUCUGCUUCAACUGCCGAAAGUAUGGGGGUAAAACCUUGCUCCUCAAGCGCCGCAGACAGCUCCGUCGAUGUUACUGAGGAAGCAAAGAAGCUGAUUGGCACAGGCAACCGGCACUUAGUGAUGGGUGAUGUUGUGUCGGCAGUCAGUGUCUUCCAGGAGGCUUGUGCCAUGCUAGCUGAGAAGUAUGGAGACACUGCAGAUGAAUGUGGGGAAGCUUUUUUCUUGUGUGGAAAGGCCCUUCUGGAGCUUGCCAGGAUGGAGAAUACUGUGCUUGGUAAUGCUUUAGAGGGAGUCCCAGAAGAAUCCUCUGAAGAGGGCGAGAAACAGAAUGACUCUAAGAUUGAAAGUGCUGACAACUUGGAUGAGAAAACCAGAGAUGAGCUUCGAGCACAGGUUUAUGAUGCCAUGUCAGAGGACAACAAAACUCAGUCAGAGGUGGAAACAGAGGUGGGGGAAGGUGAGCAGAAUAACCAAGAAGAUAAGCAGAAUGAAGUUGAAGUGCCAAAGGAAGCAGAUGCAGCAUCACCUAAAUCUGAGAAACCAGCUGAAAAGGAGAAACUUGCUGAAGACAAGGCAAAGCCUGCUGAAAAGGAGAAACUUGCUGAAGACAAGGCAAAGCCUGCUGAAAAGGAGAAACUAGCUGAAGACAAUGCAAAGACUGCUGAAGACGAGGCAAAACCUGCUGAAAAGGAGAAACUAGCUGAAGACAAGGCAAAGACUGGUGAAGACAAGGCAAAACCUGCUGAAAAGGAGAAACUAGCUGACAACGAUGUUAAGUCAAAUGGUGAAGAUGAAGGUGCUUCUAAAAAGGAAGAUAUCACUGUGUCAAACAGUGAAAAGUCUGAAAACGAUGAAGAGGAGAAAAAUGGAAAUGAAGAUACUGAAGAACCCAUGGAAGAGGAUGGUGGAGAUGACGAUGAGGACGACGAUGAUGAGGAUGCCGAGGGUGACUCAAAGGAUAAGGAAAGUGAGGAGGAUGAAGUUGGCAACCUGCAGUUGGCCUGGGAGAUGCUUGAGGUUGCAAAGGUGAUUUAUAAAAGAAAAGACUGCAAAGAAGAUCAGCUAAUGGCAGCACAAAUUUACCUGAAACUUGGAGAAGUUGGAGCUGAAUCAGGUAACUACAGCCAGGCUCUGGAGGACUUCAAUGAGUGUUUAACCUUGCAGCUGAAACACCUUCCCUCUCAUAGCCGUCUUUUGGCUGAGACUCAUUACCAGUUGGGCACAACUUACAGCUACACAGCCCAGUACAGCCAAGCCAUCGAGCACUUCUCCAAAUCUAUCAAAGUCAUCGAAAGCCGUCUUGCUAUGCUUCAGGAAGCGAUCGACAAGGCGGAAGGUGCAGAGGCAGCAAAAGAGAAGACCGAGCUUGAGGAGUUGAAACUGUUACUGCCAGAAAUUACUGAGAAGAUUGAAGAUGCUAAGGAGGGCCAGAGGACAGCUGCUGUGGCUUCUGAGGCCAUCCAUCAGACCCUUGCAGGAGCAUCCACGUCAUCUGCUUUCCCAGCUGAAAAUGGUGACCCGUCUUCGUCUUCUGCUAGUCAGAUUCCUGUGAAGCCAGCUGAUGGUGCGUCUUCCUCAAAAUCUGCAUCUGAUAUUUCUCACCUUGUCCGCAAAAAGAGGAAACCAGACGAGGAGAGUCCAAAAAAGGACAGUGAUGCUAAAAAGACAAAACAGGAGACCUCAGUUAAUGGCAGUGAUGACUCCGGCCACAACGGCAAUGGAGUCCAGGAGAAAAUGGAGCAGGAGGCGACCAAUUCUUCCUCUGUGAAGACCUCAGCGUGAUGGACUUCCUCUGAUUGACCUCUUACCUUUCAACCAGCAGAGCAUGCCUGCAUCAUAUACUACUCAUGAACAACUUGUCUCUGUACUGUAAAUAACCAGUUUUCUUUGUCCAAUUUUUGUAUAAUUGUAGUAAACUUUCAAUAAAGGAUAUUUGCAUAUGUGAA